AGCGGUUAUGUGAUGUCUCAUCAACGAGACUGUAUUAUCUCCCCUUUGUUAAAGAAAAGUUGAAAUCUGGACCGCGAAGAAAAGCUUUUCUUCUUCUCUCUGGUUUUUUUGCCGCUCUCAACGUUCCCGCUGUAUUUUUCGUUUUUCUUAACAGAAAUUAAAAAUCAAACCCUAACCCUAAUUACCAAAUUUCCGUUUUUCUCUCUUCUAAUUCAAACCUCCUUUUUCUCCGUAAAUAUCUUUAGAUCUGCAAGAUCUGUAUCCAUAUAUUUCUUUUAUAUAAAUAUACACUUCUGCAUUCGUUUCGAUCUAGAAACUCUCUCGAUUCGGUUUGCAAGAUUUUGAAUUGAUUCUCCACUCUUUGUAGAGGUGCAUGUUUCGGAGGAUUCUUGGUUCUUUGAAUUUGAUUGGAUUAUAACAGAGCGGUUUCUUUUAGAAGUUAUUUGGAAAUUUGAAAUCCAUUUGACUGUUGAAAGUUAGGGUUUUGAUUAGCUUUCUUGUUAUUUGCACUUUUGAAUGCUGCUGAUAUGGUUUUGGGAUUGUGGUAGUCGUGAGUUUGGAGAUUGUCAAUGGGAGAAGCUGCAGUUUGUGUAGACAUCACUACAGAGAAUGAUAAUAAUACGUCAGGAACUGAAUUGAAGAGAGACCAUCAGUUUCUAAUAGAUAAUGACACAGAAACGGAGUCGUUCCCUAACAAGAAACAAGCAAAAGAAUCGAAUGAGGACAUAAAAUCUGAAGUUUCCAAUCCUAUAAUUUCUCCGAAAGAGAACAAUAACAACAAUGCGUCAUCAUCAAGUUGGCAUGACAUCACUAGCCAACCAACAGAAGAAUUGGCUACUGCUAAUCAGUUAGGUGGUGUUGGGGGUGAGGUCACUUCCACUAUUUCGGGGAAUUCGUGUCCCUCAAGUGAACAUAGCAGUGAGAACAAUAAUGCGUCUAUUUGUAAUGGCGAUUGUGAUUCUGUUUCUACAUCUCAUGUUGUAUUAGAGAUUCCUAAGCAUGCUAGUACAACUGGAAUUAGAAAGAUUACUUUUAAGUUUAGCAAAAGAAAAGAGGAUUAUGAUACUCGUCUUAAUCAAGAACUAUCUCCGUCUCGUAGUAGAGAAUUUUCUUGGGUUGAUUCAGGUACAGAAAUGCCUGAAACUGGAGAUAGAUAUUUCUGUGCUCCCAACAUGGAGUUGAAGAUGUCUAAGAAGGUUCUUCCCAAUACUUUCCCUUCAAAUGUCAAGAAAUUGUUAUCAACAGGUAUACUUGAUGGAGCUCGGGUGAAGUAUAUCUCUCCGCAGCGAGAGUUAUAUGGAAUUAUAGACGGUGGUGGAUACUUGUGUGGCUGUCCAUCGUGUAAUUUCUCGAGAGUUCUGACUGCCUAUGAGUUUGAGCUGCAUGCUGGUGCUAAAACUAGACACCCGAACAAUCACAUAUACCUGGAGAAUGGGAAACCAAUUUGUAGCAUUAUUCAGGAACUAAAAGCAGCACCGCUUGGCGCUGUGGAUGAAGUGAUAAAAGACGCGGCCGGUUCAUCCAUAAAUGAGGAGUUCUUCCAGGUUUGGAAAGCUAGUCUUCAUCAAUGCAAUGGAAUAAUUGGGGCAGAUGAGAAAUGUUACAGCAUGCUCCCAUAUUCACCUCAUUCACUUGGGAGUUACUCCAGUCAAGGUUUAGAAGAAAGCGGCUGCCCACCUUGUAGCUCCUUUGUGCAUAGCAACCCCUUUAGACGACAAAAAUAUAUGGACUCUUCAGAAGAGCAUAAACGUGCUUUUAGGAGACCAAGCUCACUUUCUCACCCAAAGAAAACAAAUGAGGGAGGCACCAGAAGAAGGGAUAAUGAUCUUCAUCGCUUGCUUUUCAUGCCAAAUGGUCUUCCAGAUGGGGCUGAAUUGGCGUACUAUAUCAAAGGACAAAAAAUGUUGGCCGGUUACAAACAGGGAAAUGGUAUAGUCUGUAGUUGCUGCGACAGAGAGAUUAGCCCAUCUCAAUUUGAAGCACAUGCUGGAAUGGCUGCCAGGCGUCAACCCUAUCGACACAUCUAUACUUCUAAUGGGCUCACCCUCCAUGAUAUAGCUACAUCAUUGGCAAAUGGGCAAAACCUUACCACUGGAUUAAGUGAUGAUAUGUGUGCAGAAUGCGGUGAUGGAGGGGACCUAAUAUUCUGCGAGAGUUGCCCUCGGGCUUUUCAUCUAGUAUGUUUGGGUUUAAAGUAUGUCCCCAGUGAUGUUUGGCAUUGUCCGAACUGUAAUAAGUUUGGACAUGGAGGAAAUUUUUCUAGAUCAAUUGUUAUUCGGUUGACUCGAGUUGUUAAAACUCCGGAGUAUGAAGUUGGUGGUUGUGUUUUUUGCAGAGCUCAUGAUUUUAGCACCCAUACCUUCAAUGACCGAACAGUCAUCCUUUGUGAUCAAUGUGAGAGGGAGUUCCAUGUUGGUUGCUUGCGUGACAAUGGACUGUGUGAUCUAAAAGAGAUCCCCAAGGAUAACUGGUUCUGUUCUAAUGACUGCAAUAGGAUCUAUGAGGCUUUACAGAAUUUUGUUUCCAGUGGAGUACAGAUGAUUCCUUCUUUGCAGCUGAAUAUCAUCACUGGAAAGCAUGCUGAGAAAGGAUUAUAUAUUGAUGGACAAGCAAAUGACUUUCAAUGGCGAAUUCUAAUGGGAAAAAGUCGCUACCAAGAAGAUCUUUCUUUGUUGUCUGCAGCUGCUGCAAUUUUUCGAGAGUGUUUUGAUCCCAUUGUUGCAAAAUCUGGGCGUGAUCUGAUUCCUGUUAUGGUCUAUGGGAGAAAUAUUUCUGGGCAAGAAUUUGGUGGAAUGUACUGUGUGCUAUUACUUGUAAAGAAUGUUGUUGUAUCAGCUGGUCUUCUUAGGAUUUUUGGUAGGGAUGUUGCUGAGCUCCCUCUAGUGGCUACAAGUCGAGAACAUCAAGGAAAAGGUUACUUCCAAGCACUGUUCUCAUGCAUUGAGAGGUUACUGUGCUCUCUGAAUGUGGUAAAGCUGGUGCUACCGGCAGCUGAGGAAGCCGAGUCAAUCUGGACAAGAAGAUUUGGCUUCAGAAAAAUGACCGAGGAACAACUGUCACAGUAUACAAGGGAGCUGCAGUUAACCAUAUUCAAGGGCACAUCAAUGCUGGAGAAGGAGGUGCCUCUGAUGAACGAGUAGCAGCUUUGGCUCGUUGGCUAGAAUUAUAUAGGGAAAAAAAUGAUGAAAGUUAGGUUUCAUUUUUCUAAUCUUUUCCUGAAAUGUUGCUGCUAUUUUUGUUUUGGGCCAGCAGCCAUCAUAAAGUGUAAUUGGAGAUAGUUUUCUUGUACAAACCUAGAAUUGGAAGCAACAGGAGGGAAGCAAAGACUAGCGAAUGUAAAGAGAAUAUGAAUGCGUGCUGACCUUUUAUAAUGCAUGCAUAAGCUGCAUAAAGCCCAUAAAAAUCUAACUUCCUUCUUGUAGCUCAAAUGUUUUGUGCAAGCAAAAUAUCCUUUCUAUCUGAA